AUGUCAUCUCUUGGCCUCAAUCUCCCUUUGUUCCUCGAUUAUGUGAGCUGGGGAGAUCAUGAGUGUACCGCUGAUCCCAAGAUUUGCUAUGAAAGGGCAAAUCUCAUGGUCAGCAAUGAAUUACCUGAGAUUCUCAAGCGUUGGUCCAAGCCACCAUACACACAAGGCACUCACAAUGCACGGGCAAGUGGAGCCAAGGGAGUUCUUGAGAAGUUUUUGUUUGGUUGCAUUGGAGAGGUGCUUGAGGACGAGCUGAGGAGGAUCCAGGACCUCGCAAAAUGCCCUCCUGAAGAUGUAUCUGAGGAGGGCCUUACCAGCCUAUUCAUUGAAGAUCUCGUACUAAAGCUUCAAAGCCCUGGGUUUGAUGGAACACCCAUGCUAUGGGCACUGCUACAACAUUUAACAAGGACUGACUCACAGGAAAAAUGA